AUUGUAAACUCAAUUAAGCUUCGUCAGUUUCAAUCUGUUGCUGUUCUGGAAAUUGAGAGAAAAUUUAACAUAUCAUGGAUGAGAAUGCCAGUUUGUAUCAACCCACCAGUAACAAGUGGUGGAAAAUGCCUUUCUCUGUUUUCUUCAACGAUGCAAGGCGUGUUUUCAAGCUAGAUGCCUUGGGUCGAGAGAUAAUAGGGAUUGCUUUGCCAUCUGCACUUGCUGUUGCAGCUGAUCCCAUUGCUUCUCUCAUAGACACAACAUUCAUAGGCCACUUGGGACCGGUGGAACUUGCUGCUGCAGGAGUUUCCAUUGCUGUGUUCAACCAAGCUUCUAGGAUUACUGUAUUCCCUCUAGUCAGUAUCACAACUUCCUUUGUAGCUGAGGAAGAUACUAUCCAAAAGAUGAUUGCCAAAGCUGCUGCUGAAAAUGAUAAGGCUGAUCUGCUUCAAGACAUAGAAAAUGGUACAUCAAAACAGAACAACAUCAAGGCUCUGAAAGAUGAAGUUCCACAUGAAGAUGUGGAAAAAUCAGCAACAACCGAGAAAAAUGACACCAAUGCUGGCGAUGAUGGCCAUGGUAAUAAUACAAAUACAUGCAAGUCUUCUUCGGUUAAAAGCAGCGAUAAGAGUAAUGAGAAAGUUGGAAACAAGAAGCGACACAUUGCUUCAGCAUCAACAGCAUUAAUUUUUGGAUCAAUCCUCGGCCUUAUUCAAACAGCAAUUCUUAUGUUUGGAGCCAAACCUCUCUUAACUGCGAUGGGUCUGAAACAUGAUUCUCCUAUGCUCGGACCAGCACAGAAGUACUUAAGAUUGAGAGCAUAUGGUUCUCCUGCGGUUCUUCUCUCCUUGGCCAUGCAAGGAAUCUUUCGAGGGUUCAAGGACACAACAACUCCUUUAUACAUCAUUGUUUCGGGAUAUGCGUUGAAUGUGGUAUUGGACCCAAUAUUAAUCUUUAAAUUAAAAUUGGGCCUCGAAGGUGCAGCCAUGUCACAUGUCUUCUCCCAGUACGUGAUGGCAUUCACCCUCUUUUUUAUAUUGACGAAAAAAGUGUAUCUCGUGCCACCAAGCAUAAAGGAUCUGCAGAUUUUUCGUUUUCUGAAAAAUGGAGGUCUUUUGAUGACAAGGGUAAUAGCAGUGACAUUCUGCAUGACCUUUGCAGCCUCAUUGGCAGCAAGAUUAGGUCCAAUUCCAAUGGCUGCAUUUCAACCCUGCUUACAGGUCUGGUUGACAUCAUCCCUUCUUGCUGAUGGUUUGGCUGUUGCUGUACAGGCAAUUCUAGCAUGUUCCUUUACUGAGAAAGAUUACAAGAAGGUAACUGCGGCGGCAACGCGAACCCUGCAGAUGGGUUUUGUUCUAGGAGUGGGGCUCUCUGUUGCUGUUGGAAUUGGGUUUUACUUUGGAGCUGGAGUGUUUUCAAAGAAUGCUGAUGUUGUGAACUUAAUCAGGAUUGGCAUGCCGUUUGUUGCUGCUACCCAACCAAUCAAUUCAUUAGCCUUUGUCUUUGAUGGUGUUAACUAUGGGGCUUCUGAUUUUGCCUAUGCUGCAUACUCCUUGGUCUCGGUGUCUGUUGUGAGCAUUGCUAUAGAGUUUGUCCUCUAUAGGAGCAAACAAUUCGUUGGGUUAUGGAUUGCACUGUCCAUCUAUAUGGUUCUUCGCAUGGUGGUUGGUAUAUGGAGGAUGGGAACAGGCACUGGACCUUGGCGCUAUCUCAGAGGCCACUCAAUGUUGUAGAAUAUCUUCUUCAUCGGAAAGUUUUGUUGCUUAAAGAUGGCAUAUGGACUCUAUGUUACUACUUUACCAGUUGUGAGAAUCUUGGACUACUCCAUUUAGUGUGUUUGAAUUAACGUUUGCAGAAUUGAUGAUUCUGGAGUUAAAGUGAUGUGUUAAGUUUUGAAGAAAAAAAUGUGAUGUAUAAUGUUUUAUGUGCAUCUCUUCACUUAGAGAUGUGAGCUAUACUUAUUUUGAUUGUGUGGCUUGUUUCGAGCCCAACUUUGUGCUACAGAUAUGUAAACAUUGAUCGGUUACCCUCUUUUUCUUCCGAUUUUAGGAUUUGGAUUGAGGAGGCUCCGGAUGUAAUUUUUUCGCUAGUUCAUUAUGAUGUUGGCCUUUGUGCCUUAUUCUUCUUAA